UAAUUUUUUUAAACAAAGUGACGGUGUUUAGCAAUUAGGGUGGAGGAUUUUUCAAAUAUAUAACAUAGCGGUGAUCAGGAUGGUUUAUUCAGAAAGCAUCUACUGAAGAGUUCUCCUUACCUCCAUCCAACAACCGGGUCUGAAACAACUGACUGUAACAUGAAGGCUUCCAUUUUCCUUCCCUUCAUGUGUGUGGCCAUGUUUUCAGAAUCUUCAACCCAGAUUUUGAAAACAAGUGUUUUUAAACCACAAGAGGGUCCAGAACCUGCAUUUAUUCUAGAGAGAAAAAAUGAAGCUAACCAUCAAGGAGAACAACGGGAAUCUAAUCGGCAAGGAGGUAGCAACACACAAGGAGAACAAGCAAUAUUUAGCCUGCAAGGACGACCAGGGUAUUAUAACCAGCCAGGGAAACCAGGGAAUUUUAAUCAGCAAGAAAGGCCAGGAGUUCUUAAUCAGCCUGGGAGUCUGCAAGGGAAUUCAGGAGACUCUGAUCCAAAAGGGAAUGCAGAAGCUUCUAAUGAACAAGGAAAACCAGGAUCUUCUAGUCAGCAAGGGCGUCCAGGGUCCUCCAGCCAGCAAGGGUGUCCAGGGUCAUCUGGCCAGCAAGGGGGGUCAGGGUCACCUAGCCAGCAAGGGAAGCCAGGGUCAUCUGGCCAGCAAGGGGGUUCAGGGUCAUCUGGCCAGCAAAGAAGACCAGGAUGGUCUAGCCAACACGGGAAAUCAAGGUCUUUUUACGAUCAAGAAGAAAGACAAAACGUAGGCAACCCUUUGAAUGCCAAUAUAAUGGAGCUUCAGACUGGCAAAACCAGCAGCAAGACCCCAGCUGGAAAUACAAAAUGUCCAUCUAUCUAUAAGCCAGUCUGUGGUUCUGAUGGAAAAACCUAUGGGAACCGCUGUGUAUUCAAUGAAGCCAGAAGGAAGAGUAAUGGAAAACUAAAUCUAAACCAUGAAGGGAAAUGCUAAGCACUGACAGCAACCAAAUUACCUGGAACCUCAAAAUCUACUUUCAUUUCCUUUAAGCAGUGGACGUCCUCAGGCAUUCCACUGAGGUCAGCGAGAGUCUUACUGGUAGGAUGGAUCCUACAUUAUUUUCAAGUUUGUUCCACUAUAAAUAAAGUCA